AAAGCGAGAGUUCAAAAGGUAAUAAAAGCCCUUGCUUUUGCAGUUUGCUUUUACGUAGAGUUUGUUCGCGUCAUCAGCCAGAGCGCCCUUUUACCUGGCAACGCGACGCUUUCAAUUUAUUUCUCGCUGUGUGAAAUACUUUUCAUGCUGACUAUCCCUUGUCCAUCCCCAUUCCUUCCGUCAUUUGCUUGCUAGCUCGCUCGCGAAGAUUCCCUCUCAAUCCUUCUCCCUAUUUGGCACCCUCCUCCCGACACCGGGCACUAACCUCGCCGCAGAUAUUCUCAUCGGCGUCGUCGCUAUUGGAGUUGUAGGCCUACUUGCAAACUUCCUCUUUCGCAGAACAUCAAGCAGCACCAAGCGUCGGCGUAAUAAAAAACGCACGAAGCAAGAAGCUACUCAUCGUCAACAGGAGCCGCUUUUAGACGAGCGACAUAAAGACACUACCAGUAACGGACCAAAGAUCAGCACAAUGUCUGUCGUUGGUAUCGAUUUUGGAAACUUGAACACGGUUGUGGCUGUUGCAAGGAACAGGGGCAUCGAUGUUAUCGUCAACGAAGUAUCCAACCGUGCUACCCCAUCCCUAGUAUCUUUUGGCGAAAAACAGCGAUAUCUGGGAGAAUCUGCAAAGACACAGGAAAUUUCAAACUUUAAGAAUACCGUCGCGGGAUUGAAGCGUCUAGCAGGGCGACCGUUCAGUGAUCCUGAUAUCCAAAUUGAGAAGAAAUUCAUCAAUGCAAACUUGGUCGAAGGCGAACGCGGCGAAGUCGCAGCGUCGGUCUUUUACCAGGGCGAUCAGCGCUCUUUCACUUUCACUCAACUUUGUGCAAUGUUCCUUGGUAAGGUGAAGGAGUUCACCGGAAAAGAGAUCAAGACGCCUGUUACGGACGUUGUUAUUUCAUGCCCUGGUUGGUUCACCGAUCGCCAGCGGAGAGCGAUCUUGGACGCAGCCGAUGUCGUUGGGUUGACUGUUUUAAGGUUGAUGAACGACUCCACCGCCGCUGCUCUUGGAUACGGUAUCACAAAGUUGGAUCUUCCUGAUCCAUCUGAUGCGAACGCAAAGCCACGUAAUGUCGUCUUUUUCGAUCUUGGGCAUUCGUCGUGCCAGGUGGCCGUUGUAUCAUUCGUCAAGGGCAAGCUGGUCGUGAAAGGUACUGCCUACGAUCGCAACUUGGGUGGUAGGGAUUUCGAUGAGGUGCUUGUCGAACACUACGCCAAGGAGUUCAGCACCAAGUACAAGAUCGAUAUCAACAGCAAUGCCAAAGCUAAAUUCCGGUUGAGACAAGCAGCUGAAAAGGUUAAGAAGAUCCUCAGUGCAAACGCUGUCACCAUGCUGAACGUCGAGUGCAUCAUGGACGAUAAGGAUGUAUCAGCCCAAGUGCAGCGAUCCGAUUUUGAGGAAUGGGCGGCACCUCUUGUUGAACGCUUGUCUGUGCCGAUUAAAGAGGCACUGGCAGCGGCCGGUAUCACCCCUGAGGAAGUGGAGUUUGUGGAACUCGUUGGUGGCAGCACCCGUAUUCCCGCCGUCAAGCAAACUCUUUCCGACUUGUUCGGGGCAAACAAGUUGUCCACGACCUUGAACCAGGAUGAGGCUGUUGCCCGUGGGUGCGCUCUCCAGUGCGCCAUGAUCUCUCCUGUCUUCAAAGUCCGUGACUUUGCUGUCCAGGAUUGGAACAGCUAUCCCAUUGAGCUUGCGUGGAGCUCUCCUGAGAAGGGCGACACAACUAUGGAAGCCUUCCCAAUUGGAAAUGCUAUUCCUAGUAACAAAGUUUUGUCCAUCUACCGUGCCCUCAACGAUGACGAGCUGAGUGCUCAAGGAGGCUCUGUUGCCGUUGAUAUUGAAGCUAACUACGGAGAGAAGAGGGCUGAGCGCCACUUCCCUGAGGGUACUGGACGUUGGAUUGGCAAGUGGACCGUCAAGGGUAUCAAAAAGGUUGGCACACCCGAGAGUCAGACCAACGGAGCGUCCGCACCGAAAGCAUCUAUCAAAGUGAAGACCAAACUGGACGGAAACGGCCUUGUAGCCGUGGAUAGCGCCACCCAAAUCGAGGAAACGGUUGUUCCCGUGGAACCGACAAAACUGGAGGCAGAGAAGAAGGAAGAAGGAGCGGCCAGCAUGGAUGUUGACAACUCGGCAGAAAGCCCAGCUGCGGAGUCGCCAGCGGCGGACGCGCCUAAAACCAAGCGUGUGACCAUAAAGCACAACCUUACUGUUGUUGCACAGACUACUGCUGCCCCAGCUGAAAUACUCAACAAGUGGAAAGAUGAAGAAGGCCAGAUGUCCGCGGCCGACCGUCUUGUGAUUGACACAGCUGAAGCCCGUAAUGCCCUCGAGGAGUACGUUUAUGACACACGGUCCAAACUCGAGAUGGCGUGGAGUGAAUAUACCACAGAGGAUGACAGGUCCACGUUCAUGAAGAAGCUGAACGAUAUGGAGGAGUGGCUGUACAGUGAUGAAGGAGAAAACGCAGGCAAAGGCGUGUACCUAGAGAAGCUGAAGGAACUGAAGAAGCUCGGGGAUCCUAUCCGCCGCCGUUUCCUAGAGCACGAGGAACGACCGCGUACUGAGAAGCACCUUCGGGACUACAUUAACUCCGUACUUGUCAACGUAAGCGCUGGGGAUGAUCGCUACGCGCAUAUUCCCAAAGAAGACCUAGACAAGGUUGCAAAGGAAGCCCAGACCAAGUUGAACUGGCUCAAUGACUCGAUUGCCAAGAUCAAUGAACAACCAAAGCAUCAAGAUCCUGCUAUCACCGUGGAUCAAAUCAACAAGGAGCGUGAAUCGUUGCAUAUCUUUGCCACUCCCAUCUUGAACAAACCCAAGCCUGCACCAAAGGUGGAAAAGAAGGAGGAGAAGAAGGAAGCAAAAAAGGGAGAGGCGAAGGAAGACAAGAUGGAAACGGAUGAGAAGGAGGGCUCAGACGAGGGAGCCAAGGAUGAAGGCAACCGGAUGGAUGUCGACUAAGGAUCAGCGGGAAGAGUACUUACAUAGACGGUCAACUGCGGGAGGCGACGUGCUUUCCGUUUCGACUGGACAGUGGCGGAUUUCUGGGGGGUGGGGGGUUACUGGCUUUUUCAUUGUAUUUGAAUACUGUGCUUCAUUUGGAAGGAGCUUUGUGCCUUAGACUGGAAUCUUCAUAUUUUUCCUCGUAUGUAUUGAACAUGACAUGGAUGCUGAGAUAUGACAUUUCGCUUUGAAAAUGA